AUGUCAAGGCCAUCGUUAACAUUAGAAUUGCCAUGGGUGGAGAAGUAUCGUCCUCAGUUGCUCAAGGAUAUAGUAGGAAAUGAAGAGACUAUUGAAAGAUUGAAACAAAUUGCUCAGGAUGGUAAUAUGCCCCAUAUGAUCAUUUCUGGGUUGCCAGGUAUUGGUAAAACAACGUCAGUGCAUUGUCUGGCACAUGAAUUACUGGGAUCUCACUAUUCACAGGCUGUUUUGGAGCUGAAUGCCUCAGAUGAUAGAGGUAUUGAUGUUAUCAGAAAUCAAAUCAAACAUUUUGCCCAGAAGAAAUUGAAUCUUCCAGUAGGUAAACAUAAAAUUAUUAUACUGGAUGAAGCUGAUUCUAUGACUGCCGGGGCUCAGCAGGCACUAAGAAGAACUAUGGAGCUUUACUCGAAUACAACAAGAUUUGCAUUUGCUUGCAAUCAAUCUAAUAAGAUUAUUGAACCAUUACAGAGUAGAUGUGCAAUUUUACGUUAUUCAAAAUUGAGUGAUGAACAAGUCUUGAAGAGAUUAUUGGAAGUCAUAGAAUUGGAAAAAGUGGAAUAUACUAAUGAUGGUCUGGAAGCCAUUAUUUUCACUGCAGAAGGUGAUAUGAGACAAGCCAUUAAUAAUUUACAGAGUACGGUGGCAGGUCAUGGGUUGGUAAACGGAGAUAAUGUAUUUAAAAUUGUAGACUCUCCUCAUCCUUUAAUUGUCAGAAAGAUGUUACUUUCAACUACUUUGGACGAGUCGAUGAAUAUCUUAAGAAAUGAACUAUGGAAUAAAGGUUACUCUUCAGUUGACAUAGUGACGACCUGUUUUAGGGUGACAAAGACGUUACCACAAGUAAAAGAAGCUAAACGAUUGGAAAUGAUAAAAGAAAUUGGCUUCACUCAUAUGAGGAUCCUCGAAGGUGUUGGUACCUACCUACAACUAGCAUCAAUGUUAGCCAAAAUCCAUAAACUAGUAUGA